AUGAAUUAUGGCGUGAAAGCCGUUAUCGUUGUGUUCGUCAGGUUGUACUGUCUGAAGAUCUACGGCCUUGCGUCUCUCUGGAGGCUCUUUAGAGGGAAGAAGUGGAACGUCCUGAGACAGAGGGUGGACUCCUGCUCCUACGACCUGGACCAGCUCUUCAUUGGGACGCUGCUCUUCACCGUCCUGCUGUUCCUGCUGCCCACCACAGCGCUGUACUACCUGGUCUUCACUCUGCUGCGGUUGGUGGUGGUUCUGUUCCAGGGCGUGAUCCACCUCAGCGUGGACUUCAUCAACUCCUUCCCUCUGUUCGCUGUGGGCCUCCGCCUCACUCGGUCCCACCGACUGGCAGAGGGCGUGAAGUUCAGGGUUCUGUGUGAAGAACCGGGGACGGCCCUGCACCUGCUGAUGGAGAUUAACCCUCUGAAGUGCAGCACCGUGGUCCAGAACUACCGCACACCGACCUACAGCUGCUACCCCAAAGACUCGUGGGCCGCCCUCAUCAAGAAACUGUUUGUAGGGGAGCUGAUCUACCCCUGGAGGCACAAAACCACCAAGAUGGACUGAGAGAGAGAGAGAGAGAGCGAGAGAGACAGAGAGGGAGAGAGAGACAGAGAGGGAGAGAGAGAGACAGACAGACAGACAGAGAACGAAGGGAAGGGAAGUGACUGAAUAAAUACUGAGGUGGAGGGAAACAUGUUCAUGUUCAUGUUAGAUGAGAAGAACAACUGAAGCUGACCGGUCAGCUCAAUGAGUUCAUGUUUUAAAACAUCAAACAUGGAAUGAACCUAAAAACCAGCAAGUAGUCACGUCCUGCUGCUGUAAGAACUGUGAUCAUAAAAUCAGUUUCACUACAUGAUGAAAAUCCUUUAUUUUCUACUUAUUGUUGUUCAGGACUUGACAGGUGUUUUUCUGUUGUUGUUUAGGUCAGAAGUCAAAUUAAAUGUGAGAUUAAACUCCAGUAAUUCUCUUUUAUUCACAAGGAAACCCCACCAAAGGACCAAAACUAUCGUGUUAUGUGUGUUUUUAAUGUGGGACACAAAGAUCCACGUUAUCAGAUGAGACUAAAUAUAAAUACAGUAAUGACCGUGCCUGUGGGGGGGGGGGGUAACAUUCUGAGAAAUAACUCGCAGAUUUACAAGAAAACAACUUUAAUCUCAGAGAAUGUUUUGUUGUGAGUACUAAGUGCAAAAUAUAUGAAUUAUAUUUAUUUAUGUUCAUAAAAGAACAUGAAAGAAAUGCGUUUAUGUGUCUUUCAGGACCUUCGCUCGCUCGGAGGCCGUUCUUACCGUGACAAACGUUUAUUAGCUCAAGUUUAUUAUCUUGAUAAUUUGUGAGAUUUUUCUCUUUAAUCUCAGAAAAUAUCAAAAUAUAUUUCUAGUACAUUUUCGACUUUAACCUCUCAAAAUCAGUUUUUUCUCUGAAUAUUAUCCACAUUCCCCGACUCCGUAAUUAUUAUUUUUUGUUAACCUACAAUGGUCCUAAUAUGCCGUCGUAUGAAGUCAUUACACCACACAAAGUAUGAAGUGUUGUCUGUCUGUCUGACCAUCAAACAUUCAGGAGCCUCUUCAUGCUCUUCACUCUGCUGUGUGGAACUCAUUGAGCGAUCCUCGUCAUCUUUAUUGAUGUUUGAUGCUGAGCGUUGGUGGUGAACCACUCAGACCAGAGAUGUGUCUCCGCUGUAAAGCUCCAUGGAAACAGCAUCAUCACUGACACGUGACGAUAGUUUCUCAUUAAUGAGGAAGUGCUCAGAUAUGUUACUGAAGUAAAAGUGGGAAUAACACUGUGUAUAAAUACUCUGUGAAAGUAAAAGUCCUGCAUUAUAAAUUAGAAGUAAAAGUAUAAAAGUAUUAGCAUCCAAACAUAACGCUCCCCAGAGGGUAAAUGUUUUGGUUUUAUUAACUCCGUCAUUGAACAUCGGAGCUUCUAGAAGGAUUUUAGAAAGUUAGUUAUAUUAAAGGGAGACUAACUUUUACUGAACUGCUCUGUGAACAAUUAUAGGAUCAUUCUAAAACUUAAAUUACAAAUUGGACAAUUAUUGUUCAAAAAUCAAUUGUAUUCAUAGUUUUUAUUUUAGAAAAGUGGUCAGGAAAUCAGGUAUUUGUGUAUUUACUGCACUGAUGAUGUAGAUAGUCUUUUAGAUUUUAUAUUAUUAAAUUAUUUGUAAGAGUCAAAGGAUACAAACUGGACAAACUGAUUUAUUUUAUUAUUUCUUUAUAUAAUAUUUUGUGUUUCAGUAUAAAAUUUAAAUGAUUAGUGUUUUUUAUUUAAAGUUCAUUUGUUGCCAUUUUUCUUCCAAACAAGGAGAUGAACUGUGAUGUCAUUCUGUUCUGUUUAAAGCUUAAAGACUGACUCUGCUCGGGUCAGUUUGUCAGUAUUUGUGUUUAUAAAUUGUUUUUAUGUGCCAAUUAAUGUAAUUUUAAUUAGAUAUUGUCCUUUAUGUCUAAAUAACGAUACACCUGAACCAGCUCUCUUUAAAUGUGACACUCCAACGUUUGUCUAACUCAGCACAAACUCCACGAUACUUAAUGUUAUUAACACUUUUUAUAGUCUUUGUGCUAAGCUAGGCUAAGCUAGCCUAAACACGUCUCGGCCAAUCAGAGAUGAAAGUGAUAUUUGAAUCAGAUUUCCCAAAACUUCACCCAUUUAAACUGUUAAAUGUUUAUUUUUCUUUCCGUUCAUCUGUAUUAGAUCAUCUCACUAUUGAUCCAAACUAAAUGUUUCAUCGUCCUUUAAUA